AUGGAGACGAAAGAUUUGGCUUGGCAAGUCUCGUGUCCAAGACGACAAGCUUUACUGUUCCCGAUAACCUGGAAGAGCAAAAUCUCUCCAUACAGUGGCAUGCACGCGAUCUCUACUGACGUCUAUUCCAGCAUCAUGUCUUUGAUAUCAUGGGUCAUCAAUCACAUCGCACCCAUCUUCAUCGUCACCUCACCAGUAACCUCGUACGGCGACCAAGUAUGGAGCAUGCACAGCAAACGAUCGUCGGCGGGUUUCUCGCUCGACAUCCCCUUGAUCAUGCUUGUCGCAUCGGUCUUGAAAGUCUUCUACUGGUUCGGCGCCCGCUACGACGCUCCCCUUCUGAUACAGGCGAGCAUCAUGGUAUUCGUGCAAGUGGUACUGCUGCAAGUAGCUUUGGUCAAUCGGCCUCCCUUUGGAGCGCAACAUAGUCUCAACAAGCCUUUUGCUGGGGCGACUGAUGGCGACAGCUAUGUCACACGGCCGUUUAACUUUUGGCAGUGGCGAAGCCGGAAGCCGUACUGGCAGUUCUUGGCAUACUACACCGUCACACUCGCUGCGCUCCAGCUUCUUGUGGGCACAAGCGAGUUCUACAUCGGCCUUCAGGGCUAUGUCGCGUUGAGCGUAGAAGCCAUCUUACCGAUCCCACAAAUCCUGGAGAACCAUCGAAGCCGCUCUAGCAAAGGCUUUCGACUGAGCGUUCUGGUCAACUGGCUGGUCGGCGAUGUCUUCAAGAUGGCAUACUUUUUCCUCUCUGAGGGCGAGGUUCCUUGGGCGUUCAAAUUGUGCGGCAUGUUCCAGGCUGCAUGUGAUUGUUAUCUCGGACUACAGUACUGGAUGUACGGUGAAGGCAUAGAUGCGGCCGUAGAUAUCGACCUGAAGGACCCAAGAUUAGCGUAG